AGGCAUCAGCAGUGUAACUGUUAUCGGGGAGGAACGUGGAAACACCUCAUGUGCGAGCUACAGUCAGUAUUUAACUAUUUUUUUUAUCUAAAGAUAAUUUCACCAGCAGGUUGUUACCCCAGAAAGCUUCCUCACAGUUAGCUUACAUGUAGUAAGACCCAGAGCCAGUCUGUUAGCCUAUUUAGCUACCCGGAGGUGUUGUUUCCUGUCUGUGAAGAAACUGUGUGGGCUAAGACAGGAACCGCAGAUAGAGCUGAGAAUCAAUGUUUACUCUGUCUGUAAACAUCUGUAACAGACGGUCGGAGGAAAAUUUUGUUAUUGAAUCCGUGUAAUGUUGGAUAGCGAUGAUAUUGUUUCGAAACAAAUCAGGAUGGCUUCAUUUAAAGUGAAAGCAACGAGAGAUAUACAUUUAUUUACUGUUAUUAUCAUUAUAAGAUAUCUUAUUGUUAUUUAUUUUUCUCUGCUUUCAGUGAUUUGACUGUUAGCUGUCUGGUUUUUCCAUGAAGUCACAGGGAAAGUGAAAGCAGCAUGCUCAUUCAAGUGUGGUGAUGUGCAGGUGAAGGUGUGAGCGACUGAUGCCAGAGCGGCAGAGAUGGUCUACCUGUCAUGGCUGCUCUCUUAUGGACGCUCACCUGGCUGUCUCCGGUGCUUCCAGGUGAGUUCACAGAUCACACAGUCACCCCCUAAUGACCCACACUUACAUCAAACACCACACCUGUAGCACUUAAAAUCCAAGUUAUGGAGAGGCAAUCUUACCUACAGGCAGACUCAUGAGUGUGUGUGUGUGUGUGUGUGUGUUUCAGCGUUGAACGUCCUGCCUGCACCUGCUAACCUGAACCUGAGCUCCAAUCAAAUGGUCCACCUGCUGAGGUGGGAGCAAGGAGCGGGAACACCUCCAGGAGUGUCCUACAAUGUCAGCGUGUGUGAGGACUGGUAAGUUCACACCUUAUUGUACCUUAUCACACCUGUUUGAUCUUCAUCCAUCCAUUUCUUUAUCUAGCAGUGCAUCCCUGUUUGCUUUUCCAAAUAAAAGUCUUAAAGGGAUAUUCCGGCGUAAAAUUAAGUUAGGGUCAAACACACCAUAACACCGCAACUUUAGUAACGACCGCAGAUAGCAAAACACAGUGGUCUAUGUCUCCACGCACAAACCUCAACCAAAAAGCCACCCUAUAGCCACAAAUAAUGCUCAAAACAGCACCUAACUUCAUCAACAGUACAUAUAGGGUCCCAGCCACAGCACUAGCCACCAAACAUCUUUUUAACUUUGCCUGAUUUCUUUCGCAAAGAGACUAAACACAACUCACCCACUCUCUUCUAGCAGCCGCUUGUUUGGAGUUAGACCUCCAGGUGAGUCCAUGGACUGCAGUGGGGUGCCGCAGCUCAAAGAAGAACAUUUAUGAUAAUUUCCUCCACCAUAUUAAUCAUUUUGCACUGCAGACGCGGUAGUUCUUCUGCCUUAGCGUCUUGGUCUGAUUGCAUUUCCAUGAAGUAAUGAUCAUAAAUGUUCCUCCUUAAGCUGCGGAACUCCGCUGCACUCGGUGAUCGACUCGUUAGGCCUCCCCCACAAACAAACGGCUGCUGGGAGAGAGUGGGUGAGUUAUGUUUAGUCUCUUUGCUAAAGAAAUUAGGCAAAGUAAAAAAGAUGUUUGGUGACUAGUGCUGUGGCUGGGACUCUACAUGUGCUGUUGAUGAAGUUAGGUGCUGUUCUGAGCAUUAUUUGUGGCUAUAGAGUGCCGUUUUGGUUGAGCGCGUGGCUCUCUGUAUUGCUAUCUGCGGUCUUACUAAAGAUGGUAUAAAGCGGUCGGCAACAUUCAUCUCUCGAGGGGGUGUCUAACUUAGUGUUACAGUGUUAAUUUUACGCCGGAAUAUCCCUUUAAAUGUGAGCCUCUGAAGCUGAUUGGCUCUGUUCUCCUGCAGGGAAACCUCCUGGCAUCCUGUUAGCGGCUGUCAGAGCAUCGUGGAGCCGCUGCUCUGUGACCUGACACGGGCGUUCUCCAACCCCAAUCAGCGGUACUUCACACAGGUCACAGCUUACAUGCAGACUCUGACCUCAUCCACCAAAUACAAAGGAUUCAAGCCAAUCAGAGACAGUAAGUAUGAGGAAGAGGAGGGGGGUGAUGAAGCCUGAUGUGCUGCUGUGUGGUUUGUCUUUAGACAUUACUGACAUUACCAUGAUUUCCAAAAAGAAUGUCAUUUUUCUUCUGUUACCUACCUGUUGUAAAUUAACCUUAGUUAGGAGAUGCUGUUUUUGUUUUGUUUUUUCAAUGAGCAGAUAUUUUCUAUUUAAAAACAACAUUUUUCUGUUUCACUAUUUGACACAUUGUCCUCUUUUCAAUUUCUGUAUAGUUUUCUGAAUCAGCUUAAAUUUUAUGGAUUGGUUGGCUUGAAUAUUUCCCACAAAGAUACUCAUGUACAAAAACACAAAUACUUUGAAUAAUCUGUGGUAAAAUGAAUAAUACAGGCUUUGGCUUCAGCUCUCUUUAUUUAAAAUGAAAUACAUGAUAUAAGAUGAUAACGAAAUCUACCUCUUUCUCUCUGUCUCCUCUGUGUCUCAGCUGUUCUGGCCCUCCCUCUGCUCUCUGUUCGCCCCUGUGAUAGAAACCUGUGUGUACAGCUGCAGCCCCCCCUGGGGUUCGUGGGAGACAUCUAUGAAACGCUGAAUUACAAACUAAAAGUGAGCAACGCAGAGGGCGCACAGCAGGUACUGCACACGGUUCACUACAGUGAUAAGGAAUGCCUAAAUUAAAGUCAUAUUUUAGUCAUUACAUACUUAUUACGUUAUUUGGCUCAUUAUUGUUAUGUAUUAGUUAUUUAUAUGUAAUUUUAGGUAUUUUGACCUAUCAUUGAUCAUAUGAUUAUUUCACUCACGUCACUUAAGUAAUUUAGCUCACUAUGAAGGAUGUUACUUCAUCAAAUCACAGUUUAGUAUUAAAAAUAUCGGUUACCUUAUUACAGCAACACUGUGUCACUCUGUACUGUUGGUUCAUCUGUGUGUGUUUGUGUGUGUGUGUGUGUGUGUGUGUAGCUCGUUAAGGACCCCGUCUCAUUGGGCAGCCUGGUCCUGGAGGGCAUGGCUUCUGGCAGGACCCACUGUGUGUCCGUGUGUUUUUCUGACUCUAUGUCAGACAGGCACUCAGACUACGGAAAGCCUGUGUGUGCCCUCAUUCCCGGCGCCUUCAAUGCAGGUAAGCCAUAUCUCCUCUGGCAGGUCGUUCCAAAGUUGAGGAUCUGAGGCUGAGAGUUGGCUCAUAAGGUAUUAAAAGCUCUGAAAUGUAGCUAGGAGCAAGUCCCGUAAGAGCCUUGAAAGUAAUCAGUAAAAUCUUGAAAUCAAUUCUAAAACUGACAGGAAGCCAGUGAAGGGAGGCUAAAAUUGGAGUGAUGUGAUGCGGUCUACUAAAACCAGUUAAAAGCCGAGCUGCUGCAUUCUGAACCAGUUGGAGGCGGGAGAGUGAUUUCUUACGAUGUUCACCCUCCUCUCCUCACAAACAGAUGCUCUGGUGUCGUCCCUGCUGUGUGUGUUGGCUGUCUGUGGUGUGUUAGCUGUUGCUCUGCUGGUCUCUGCUGGUUACAUCUGCCUGAGGAGGAGGCCCCUCCCCUCGGUCCUGGUGAGUGACACCUGUUCAUAUGAUCCACUACUGAUGUCCUUUGUGUGUAGUUCUGUUUGGUCAGGUCCAGUCUUGUCUGGAUCAGAAUUCAAACUUCUCUGAUAUUGUUUCUCCUCUCUCCUGUCAGGCGUCUCUCCAUCACAUUGAGGAGGUUCUAGUCGUUGCUGCUCCUGGCACCUCCUCCUUCUCUCCACUCUACAGUGAUAAAUCAACAGUUCCCCCUGCCGCAGACAAGAGAAGCAGCACCUCCUCCUCAGGGAGCACUGAGGAGCAGGAGAGCGACUCCGAGGGUGAGGGUGGAGAGGACAAGGCUUAUCUAUCAAAGGCGGGUGUGAACCUCCUCUCCUCCUCCACCUCCUCCUCUUCGGCAUCACCCUGUGUUUCAGCUGACAACUCCUCACAACUCCCCCCACAACCUCUCACUCCUUGCCCUGAAGGUCAGAUAGCAGCAGAGACACACAGUCUGAUCACACACAGUACUGAAAGGACUCCUCCACACACACCCUGUCCUCCCACAGAAGGAAAGGAGGAGGAUGUGAACCUCCUCACUCUGACCUUUGAUCUCCAUCCGGAGGAGGAAGAAGAGGAAGAGGACGGAGAGGAGCCAGAGAUCUCCUCAAACGUUGUUCCAUCCCUGCUCUCACUGGGCGUCCCCAUGAAAACAGUGUCCUGCCCUGAGGAGGAGGAAGAGGAGGAGGAGGAGGAAGAGGAAGAAGAGGAGGAGGAGCAGCAGUCUGGAUAUAUCAGGCAUUAACAUGUCUUUCAGGACGCUUUGAUGGAGUCUGAGUUUCUGAUUCUGGAUGAAGGUCAGACUCUCUUGCCACAUGACCUCCUCAGGCUCCAAUCAGAGACAGAUGGAUGUUUUACGUGGAGGAGUGUCUGUAAAUCACUCACACAAACUAACGGUCCAAAGACUUCACUUAGUUAAAAUCCAAAAUGGGAACGUCUCAGAGGAUAAAAGCUUUUAGAACCACUUAAAAUCAUUUUAAUUUCACAUUAAACUAAAGGUGAAUUCACACACGAGUUAUACACACAUACUCUGAGGUUAAACAACACCGUCAGAGUCUGUACUUACAGAAACCAGAAGACAGACUGACUAUCAUGCUAAACUAAUCUACAGGUGUCCGAGAGUAAAAGACGGAGAGUGGGAAUCGGUACAAAACAUCUCCUUUACAGUCAAAUUUCACAUGUAUGAGGUUGAAAUAAGCUCUUAAAACCUGGAUGAAAUCAAAGUCUAAAUAAUUAUAUAUUUUCCCAACAAUUAAAUAACAAUGACGUUAAGUGACGUUGUAAGAUUGAAGUACACAUGACUUAAAAAAUCAAAGAUAUUGGAUAGUCAUAAUGAUGAUGUAAAAUGUUUUUGUUGUUCAAACUUCUUACCUCAUAGUUUGAACUUUAUCCUCAAAUUUUUACUUUUUGUUCAAUGAUAACUUUAAUCUCAUCAAUUUAAGGGUAGUUUAGAUGUUUGUUUUUUUUUACAUCUGAAGAUUUUUAGCCAUUAUUUCCAUUAUUUUGUUUUGUCAUGGAGGUUAUUUGCAUUAAUAACAAGCCAGUGAAACAAGCUAUGCAGAAUACUGACUGUAAACACGAAGAGCAGACUCCUCAGAUAACCUUUAACGGUUCAAACGUAAACCAGACAUUUUUAGGGUCACUAUGGUAACCACCUGUCUCUCCCCGGUGUCCUCUAUCAAACUCCUCUUGUAUUUCAUGCUCUGUGUGACUUUAAUGGACCAUGAAUGAACAUCAAAACUGUAAACUAGCGACUGAGACUAUAAACUUGUCAGGAAAGUGGAGACCAUCAUCAGAAAAAUAUCACCGAUGGGGUAAAUCAGACUGAAAAACAAUCAGGCACCCUCCUGCUGGAGGUCAGAGAAAAUACAGGCCUGAGACUCUGCUGCUACCACAGCUGUGACUUGAAACCAAGUGCUGGUCUGAAAACCAGGAAGUAGACCACUUCUGGGUGCUUCCAUCUUAACAUUUAUCCGCGCUGUAAAUUCAUUUCUUAUUUGUGGAGUUUAUUUGUCACAUUUCUUCAUUUUAAACAUUUUUCGAAAAACUGAGAAAGGGAAAACAUUUGAGAACGGUUACGCUCUAAACUGAAACUCCACAUGAUGUACUGUAUUUUUUUAUACCUGUUUUUUUUUUUUAAAGUCUAUGUAAUAUUUGUCUGUUUUUAUGUUAAUUUCAGUAGCUAAAUAUCUCCUAAAGCUAAAUCAUCCUCAAAAAUGUUUCAUACUUUGGUUAUAAAUCUUUUUAUAAACAAGCAAAAAUAUAUUUGUUGAAAAUGUUUAAUUUUCAACUGUAUGCUUUUUAUUUUAACCUUGGUUUUAAAGGUACUCAUUUCAAUUUUUAUUUUAUUUUAUUUUGUCUUUCAUUUAUUUUUAAGCCUUUUGUUUUUCAAAUUAUUCCUCUUCCUGCUUAACCUUCUCCUCAUUUACCGUUACACCACUGAGGGCACUGAUUGGUCGAACUGUCUACCUCCUUAGAGCCAGCCAGUUAAAGCAGAGCCACAUUGUAUUAGCCCCGCCCACUUCAAUCACUGCAUAGAUAAUAAGGGCAGCAGACAUUCCCCGAGGAGAUUCAAUCUAAAAAUUUUCUGUUAUUUGAGUUUUAAGAAUUAAUAAAGGGAUGAGCAGGACAAAUUAAUAACAGAUAAAACAUCAUCAUCUCCACACAGGAGCUUUAACUCUUAAAUUUUCAUGUUUUAAAGGUUUUUUUUUAAUUUUAUUUUGCCUCAUUUUUAAGUUGCAUUAGUCAAACAAGUUAUGUUUGCAUGAUUCAAACACGGUAACAUUUAUUUAAACAGUAUAAUACCACACAGCCAGUCUGUUAUGUCUGUAUCAGUGCCAUUUAUCACUCAUUGUUAAUGUAGCAUGUUCAUCAGUGUUCAUCUUUUACUGUAAAUAAAGUCAUAUUACAGACACA